CAAUGCAUCGCUAAAUAAAAGGGGGUUAUGUUUACAGAUUUUAUUUAUCAGUAUUUUUAAAAUAUUUAUUUUAGAUUUAGACCAGUAGUAUGUAUCUUAAUAGUUCAAAGUUAUUGUAUAAUACAUUCCAUACAGGUAUUUCUUACACUAUAAGAAACAAGUCCAGAGUAGUAGAGAGUACGAUUAAGAAGAAAUUGCAGGCUGCGUUGCAAACGACGCACCUAGACGUCAUAAAUGAGUUAGACCAAGUGGAAACGCCUCAUUUCAGAUUAGUUGUGGUUACAGACAAGUUCCAUGGAUUACCUAUGUACAAGAGAUACAAUUUGGUUAAUGAGGUCCUGAAAGAGGAGCUGCAAGGUGGCACCCAAAUUUCUUCAAUAGUAGCCAAAACCCCCAUCCAAUGGCACAGAAGUCUGGCUGCUAAGGAACAUAGCCCUGACAGCUGAGGGUUUACUUUACUUGCUGCGUAAUAG